GCAGCCCCCGGACUCGGCCAAGGUCACCGCUGGCCACAGGGAAGGUUCCCAGCGGGCACCCAGAGGAGCAGCCAGCGCAGCAGGAGCCAUGUCGCCCUGCACCCUUGCCUUCCUCCUCCUCCUCCUGCCGGACGUGCUGACCUUCCCCGAGCCCGGCCACGGCCUCCGGCGGCAGAAGAGGGACUGGGUCAUCCCCCCCAUCAACUGCCCCGAGAACGAGCGGGGGCCCUUCCCCAAGAACCUGGUGCAGAUCAAAUCCAACAAGGACAAGGAGACCAAGGUUUUCUACAGCAUCACGGGGCAGGGGGCGGACACCCCCCCUGUGGGUGUCUUCACCAUCGAGCGGGAGACGGGGUGGCUGAAGGUGACGAAGCCGCUGGACAGGGAGGAGAUCGAUAGAUACAUCCUCUUCUCCCACGCCGUGUCAGCUAACGGGCAGCCCGUGGAGGACCCCAUGGAGAUCAUCAUCACCGUGACGGACCAGAACGACAACCGGCCCAUCUUCACCGAGGCUGUUUUCCACGGCACCGUGCUGGAGGGGGCUGAGCCAGGCACCCCGGUGCUGCAGGUGCUGGCCACGGAUGCAGAUGACGCGGUGAGGUCCAGCAACGGGGUCGUGGUCUACUCCAUCCUGCGCCAGACGCCGGACCAGCCCCUGCAGCAGAUGUUUGCCAUCGAUGGCAGCACCGGGUUGAUCUCCGUGGCCGCGGUGGGGCUGGCGGCACAGACGGUCCCUGAAUACACCCUGGAGAUCCAGGCGGCCGACAUGAAAGGCUACGGGCUGCAGGCCACUGCCACCGCCAUCAUCAAAGUGCAGGCCAGAGGCAUGUCCGAGGCGGUGAACGGCUUCCUGACCACCCACGUGCUGAACACGGUCACGGGGCUGCCGGCCGCCGGCCUCGCCAUCCGGCUGUCCCAGCUGCAGGAGCCAGGGCCGCAGUGGACGGAGCUAGUGCAGAGGUGGACGGACGAGGACGGGCGCUGCCUGCCCCUCCUGGCUCGGGGGCAGGCCAAGGCCGGCACCUACAAGCUGCGCUUUGAGACGGCGGCGUACUGGCAGGGCCUGGGGCAGACCAGCUUCUACCCCUUCGUGGAGGUCGUCUUCGCCAUCACCGACCCGGCGCGGAAGCUGCACAUCCCGCUGCUGAUCAGCCCCUACUCCUACACAACAUACCGCGGCAGUUAGGGGGGGGCGCGCAUCCUCCCCCCAGGGACGCAGGUCACCGGGGACUAGGGGGGGGAACUACAUCACCGACACCAUUAAAGGCUUCAAACAG